AUGAUGCGUGCCGGCUUUUUCAUUCGCAAAAUCAAUGGCUCGCGCUUGCUGUGGGAAGUGCAACGUCGCGCGAGGUCGAUCGCACCCGCGAUCGAACGUUGCGACAUGAAAGAUGUGGACAGCGAGUCGCAGCACGUGCGGUCGUUCGAGGAUAUUCCCGGUCCAAAGAAGUUGCCUCUGAUCGGCAACAUUUUUAGAUUUCUACCGUACAUAGGUGAAUACGCUGAAGAGAAUUUGGUGAAUCAGCUGCUGAUGCUCCGCGACGAGUUUGGCGAUGUCGUCAAACUGGAAGGUCUACCUGGUCGGCUGCCGGGUGUUUUUAUAUUUGAUCCGGAGUUGUGUCAAACGAUGCAACGACUGGAGGGCACCUGGCCAGUGCGAAUAGCCAUGGAGUGUCUGCACCACUAUCGCGUGAACAGGCCAGAUAUAUACGGCGAUCAAGUCGGUCUCGCGACUGGCCAGGGCAAAUCAUGGCAAGACUUCCGCACGAAAGUCAACCAGCAUAUGAUGCAACCCCGAGUGGUCAGGUCAUAUGUUACGCAGAUCAACGAUAUGACCGUCGAAUUCAUGGAGAAGAUGCGAGUGUUGCGAAAUCCCGACACCCUGGAGCUACCGGGUGACUACAUUAACGAGCUGUGCAAGUGGAGCUUGGAGGCGAUAGGUAUAAUCGCGCUGGACUGUCGACUGGGGUGCUUAAAGCCUGAUCUUGCCGCGGACUCGGAGCCGCAAAUAAUGAUUAAUAGCGUGCACGAUAUGUUCGACCUCAUGUACUGCUUAGAAAUUAAGCCAUCCCUGUGGAAACUAUACAAUACGCGGAAGCUCAAGAAGUUCUUCCGCACGAUGGAUACGAUUAAUGGAAUAGUUAUUAAACACAUCGAGCUUGCCAAGAAGAAGUUUAGCGAGCAAGCGAACAGCGGACAGACCGAAGAACGCAGUGUGCUGCAGAAACUGCUGCUUAUCCAUGAGAAAACAGCAGUCAUAAUGGCGGCCGAUAUGUUCACGGCCGGUAUCGAUACGACCGGCAAUACGGCCGGCGGCUUGCUGUAUAACAUCGCGAAUAAUCCGGAGAAACAGGAGAUACUACGGAAGGAAGUGAUGUCCUUCUUGCCGGACAAAUCGUCACCCAUCACGCCUGAGAUCCUCGAACAGACGAAAUACACUAAAGCUUGCAUUAAGGAAUCUCUUCGUACAUUCCCUAUAGCCGUUGGUUCGCUCAGAACCACGCAAACGGACCUGGUUCUGGGAGGAUAUCAAAUACCAAAAGGGAUCGGCGUCGUAGCCUGUUACUCGGUGACGGCGUUGGAACCAGCGCACUAUCCGCGACCGCAGGAGUUCAUUCCCGAGAGAUGGUUGCGGGGCAACACGGAGUUCCCAUCAGCCAAGAAAGCGCAUCCCUUCUCGUACAUGCCUUUCGGAUUCGGCUCUCGCACCUGUAUCGGCCGAAGAUUCGCCGAGAUGGAGCUCGAGACGCUGCUCAUGACAGUCAUACGACAUUUCCGGCUUGAAUGGCACUACGAACCGAUGAAGAACAAGAGCAAAUAUAUAAACACGGUUGGAGCACCACUGCGAUUGAAGAUCAUCGAUUUGUAGAGUGUCUCGUACGACAUCGGCGCUGUUUUGAGAGAAUCGUCAACUUGCACGCGUCCGUGAUGCUUUUUCGAAAAUUACGAACACUGACGAAUGUCGCCGCAAAACACGGCUACUGGUUACGACGAGCGUCUGACCCGGAAGAACCAACCGGGGGUGAGGAAGACGCCAUCGACCGACCGCGAUUCUUAAUCUACACCCGAGGACAGAGAGCGUGAUAUUUUAUAAGAAUUUGCAGAAGAAUUCGCGUAUGUGGAAGAGCGAAAGUGUGCGCUCAUAUUAAGCGCACGAAAAAACGACGAAAAAGACGAGAUGUUGUAAACUGCAUCGAGCAAUGCAUACACUAGCCUUCAAAUCGGCUUGAACAUUUUUUCGUCGCAUGCAGUUCGGCUGAUUGCUCAAUGAGAGAGCUUAACUUCUGCAAAUUAAUCGAAAUCAAAUUUUCUCAUUGGACAAUCAGCUGCGUUCCGAACUGCACCGAAAACAAAUGUUUAAACCGUUCGGAAACUAACUUAUGUACGUAUAAUCGAACUGAUUUUCGAUAUUUUACAUGUUUAAUGAUUGUUCAUUUUAUAUUACUUAUUAACACUUUACCUACCGCUAUUUGAUUUCAAUUCUUGAUUUCAAUACGCACACUCUUUUUCUCGAUGCUAUUCGCAGUCGAUGUUUAAUGAGAUAUCUUAAUUUCUCGGAAUUAUUCAAAAACAUAUUAGAUCUCGCCUACGUUCCAAACAACAUCGAGAAAAAAGUUUUCAAACCGUAUUAUAAGCAAAUGUACACUGAGAACCCAUUUAGUUGAAUCAACUAAAUUCUUGUUUAACUAUGGGCAAACAAAUUUUUUGGUUGUAAUAACCAGUUUGGUUGUCUAAACCGAAGGUUUGGUUCUCUAAAGUUUCAGAGGUUGCAAAGAACCAAACCUUGAUUCUCAAAAAAUUUAUCUGCCCUAUAGUCAAACCAGAAUUUAGUUGAUUCAACUAAAUAGAUUUCUCAGCGUAUACGCAAAACCUAUUAAUAGGUUAUCGGAUGGUUAAAUGCAAAAAAAUCCACACUUAUUGUCUUUUAUGUAUUUAUUAUAUAAUGCCCGUUAGUAAUAUUACCGACUACGAGGAUUUUUAAAUAAAGACACAUUCACCGCA